UUUGGUGGAAUGCCUGGAGGAAUUUCAGUUGGGGGGCAAAGAGGAGGCUUCAGCAACGGUUCCUUGGGUGCUUUCUCAUAUGGGGGAGGAGACGGUAUUCUUCAAGCUGGAGAAAAGGAAACCAUGCAGAAUCUUAACUCCCGCUUGGCCACCUAUAUGGACACAGUGCAUGCUCUAGAAGACUCUAAUGCAGAACUUGAGAUUAAGAUAACAAACUGGUAUGACACCCACAAACUUCCAAACGUUGAUUACACCAAAUAUUACAGCAUCAUUGAAGCACUGAAGGAUAAGAUCUUUUCUGCUACUUUGGCUAAUAAUCAUCUCACUGUGCAAAGUGACAAUGCUCGGCUGGCUGCGGAUGAUUUCAGAGUGAAGUUUGACAGUGAACGCUGCCUAUAUCAAGGUGUGGAAUCAGAUGCCAAUGGUUUACGUAAAGUUCUGGAUGACUUGACUUUGGACAAAUCCAGCAUUGAAAGCCAGAUUGAGAGCCUAAGAGAAGAACUUGCCUACUGCAAGAAAAAACAUGUAUUGGAGAUGAAGGACUUGCAAGGUGUCUCUGGUGAUGUGACAGUUCAGAUGGAUGCUGCUCCAGGUGUCAAUAUCCUGAAAAUCUUGAAUGACACUAGGGCUCAGUAUGAACAUUUGGCAGAAGAAAAUCGUAGAAAGGCGGAGGAAGAAUACUCCCAAAAGGUCUCCGAGCUGAAUUCUGAGAUAUCUCAUAGCAGUGAACAGAUUGAAUCAGUCAAGAGUGACGUUAUGGAUCUGAGACGUACUAUGCAGAAUAUGGAGAUAGAACUGCAGACACAGCUUGCAAUGAAAAACUCCUUAGAGAACUCAUUGGAAGAGACGGAGGAUCGAUACUGUGAUCAGCUGGCCCAAAUUCAAGACAAGAUAACAGGCCUAGAGGAUCAGCUGGGUCACCUCCGAAAUGACUUGGAAACCCAGUCACGAGAGUACAAGCUUCUGCUGGACAUCAGGAACAAGCUGGAGAAUGAGAUAGACAUGUACCGUACACUUCUAGAAGAAGAAGGGUAA